UCUCCAGCGCUUUGUCGUGACCAUUGAACUCUAUGGUCGUGACGAAGGCAUUUUCGGCUCUUCAUACCCCAGAAUUCUUUGUUUUGUCUUCCUUUUCCCCUUUCGAUCCAAAAUGUCGAAGAGAGGACGUGGUGGUUCAUCUGGAGCAAAGUUCCGCAUCUCACUGGGUCUCCCAGUAGGGGCGGUUAUCAACUGCGCUGACAACACAGGUGCAAAGAACCUAUACAUCAUCUCUGUGAAGGGUAUCAAGGGACGCUUGAACAGACUACCAGCUGCUGGUGUGGGUGAUAUGGUCAUGGCUACCGUAAAGAAAGGCAAACCAGAACUAAGGAAGAAAGUGCAUCCAGCAGUGGUGAUACGGCAGCGGAAAUCGUACCGGAGAAAAGACGGGGUGUUCUUGUACUUCGAAGACAAUGCAGGAGUCAUAGUGAACAAUAAAGGAGAAAUGAAAGGCUCUGCCAUCACAGGACCUGUAGCCAAGGAAUGUGCUGACCUAUGGCCCAGGAUCGCCUCCAAUGCCGGCAGCAUUGCUUAAGCACCACCCCCCUUCAAAAAAAAAAAUAAAUCACCAAUAUUUCAGUUAAAUAAAAACUUUACAAAGCUGGAA